ACUUCUUCUAUCGCAAUGCGAUCGGUUUAGGCAUUUGUUUUCAUUCCUACAGCCAGUGUCGUCAACCUGUUAGUGCUCAAUUUGAUAAAGGCAUAUCAUUUCCGAUAGUUUUUUAACAUUUUAUAAUCGGAAUUGCACUACUUUUCAUUGUUGCAUCACAUGUGAAAGUUACUUCGACUCGUCAAUAAAAGAAUUUCACAAACGAAGAUGGCUACGGAACGGGCACCACUGCUGGAAGAUAAGAGCUAUUUUCGGCGAUUUUGCGAUUACAUGAGCCACGAUACCAAAGGAGUCGAGAUUGCGACUUACACGGUAUCUGGAAUCCUAUUCGUCGUAGCGUAUAACAAAAUAAAACCAAUUACGCGCUUCAGCAAAGCAUCGGACAUCCCGAAGCACUUCGUUCGAGAGCAAAUUCCACAGUACGGUCGUGUGACCAAGAUCGAACCCUCGAUCCAGUCCGGCCCUCUGCUAAUCGUGAAACAUCGCCCGCCGCUAAACAUCGUUUUCUGGUCCAACAAAACGCUCCCGGUCAAGAUUGCCGGGGUGGACCUCAACGCCAACGGUUAUUCGUGGCUGCAAACGGUUGUCCUCAAUCGGCAGGUUACUUUUAUUCCGGUGAAAACCGAUACCGGUAAAGAUUAUGCCGAAUGUUGCGUGUACUUCAACGAGCUGUCUUCGGACAAAAAGUGGCUCAGGAAGGUCGAUCUAGGCCAGGCGCUGCUUCAGCUGGGAUUUGCCAAAUUGAGUACACCAGUGCCACGGGUCAAGUUGACCAGCAAGGAUCCCUUUGAGAAACAAGUGCACGCGUACUUCCAGAAGUUGGCCUACAGCGAGAGUAAGGCCAAAGAUCGACGCAUUGGACUGUGGCAACAUACCCUACCACCGAAAAUGCUGCCCGCGAGAUUGUGGCAAUCUAUGUGGGACAACUUGGCUCAACGACUAUCACCACAGUCACACCGUGUUCCGGAGCUGGUACGAUAAAUAAGCAUGAUAUUACGUGCAAUCAUCAAAAGUCAUGCAGACAUCAGUCCUCCGCCAAACAAGCGCAACAAAUCAUCCGAGAACGCCACAUUUGCUCGGUCAUUUUCUUUUAUCGUAAAAUGACAACUUGUUACCGAUUUGAAAGUAUUUUUUUUCUGUUAUACUAUAAAGUGCCUGAACGGAGAGCUCACGCGUGUUUGUGGGGCACAAUCAAAACUUGGAGGCGUGUCAAAUGGGCGCCGCCAUUGUCCGAAUAAGUAGUAGAUUAUCGUUGAGACGUCAACUGAUGGAAGUUUAAUUGAUGGCGAUAGCAAUGAAUGAAAAUAUCUUUGUUGUUUUUAGUCUUCUAUAUUGAUUUAGUUUGUUUUUAAGAUGAAUAAAGUUUAAAACAGUUUAAGAGAAUUGAUUCUCGCCUAGAAGCGGGUUUUAAAAAUUUCGGAUAAAACGCAAGUAUAAAUAAGCUGAUGGAAAAAAUA